CUCAUUGUAUUACAAAUGCAAAAACAAACGUACCUUUCUCCAAAUAUUUGGUUUAUAUUUGAGAGAACCUUUUCCUUGCAUUUUGUGCAGCCAGCUGAAGAAAACAUUGUGGGUACUGAGGGUGCUGAAAUGUUAGUUGAAAUUUCUGAGUCACUGAAACCAACAGGGACAGAAACUUCAAAUGUUUGUAGUUCACCUGAUGCUGGUGUCUUUAAACAUGUUCUAGCUUCAAUACAGCAACAAAACGAAUCUCUGAAACCAGAAAGCGCUGUCACUAAAGUUGGUUUUAGUGGACCUGGUGACACCUCUGAACAUCGUAAUGAAUGUGGUGAUAUAAAAGCUACUUCUUCGGGACAGGUGGAAGUAACUAUUCAGGCAAUUAAGAAGCCCAGCCGUGGUCUUGGGAUGUUACUAGGGAGUACAGCAAAGAGGAAGCUGCAUCCUGAUAAAAAAGAGCCGGAAGAGAUCCAAGUGCAGCAGAUCAAGUCUUCGGUGAGCCUUCCAUUCCAUGCAUUUUCAGGUAGGAUUGAGCAGAUACAGCAAGCUGCAACAGACCCUUCUAAACCGUUGGAAAUUAACCAUAUAGGGGAACCUGUUGCUACUAAUUCCAAGUUAGACAUUAUAACCCUGGAGACUGAUUCAGAUGAUGGGGAAUCGGUAAAGGGUGAGCGAUCAACCAGAGAACAGGAAAACUCCUUUGCCAUGCCGGUAGCUACUUCAAAGUUAGAAGAUGUUAUCUUACUGGACGAUGAUUCAGAUCUUGAGGAACCAGUCAAAGAUGAUUCAGAAGCCACUAACAAUCAGCCUGAGUGUGGGGAAACCAAUAAUGCAGUUUCUGUUGAGGAGAUGGAUGAAGGGGAUGAGAAUAUGGCCUUGUCUAAUCUCUCCUCUAGCUUCAACAAGUGUUUCCAUUCGAUAAAUCAAAAAAGUAAGGCAAAGCUUGCUGAGAAACAACAAGCACAUGAAGGUCAGUUGAAGGUUCAGCCUUUUGACUAUGAAGCAGCAAGGAAGCAAGAGGUAUUUGGAGAAGAUCCAGGUAAACAACACCCGGAAAGAGAAGGUGAUGAAUCUCGUAGGAGUAAGACUGGUAAGAAGAAGGAUUUAGUCUUAGGCCAGCCACCGAUUGAAGGGACAGCAGAGUUCCAGCAAGGUAGAAGGCGUCAAGCUUUUCCAGCUUCGGGGAACCGAAGCUAUACUUUCCGUUAGAAGUUGAAAAGCUAUAUGAACUCGUAAGGUACGGAAUUAGUUGUCUACAAAGGAAGUAACCUCAUCAUGCAUGCUCUUGGUUCAAGCAGGAGGGGGAAAUCAUAGUUUGAUGUUUAUAUGUGAAAGUAAAAAUUUGAAUCAGUUGCCGUGUUACUGUUAAUCUGCAUUUGCUGUGUGCCUUGUAUUUUAUACAGGUGCAGUGCCUUGUAUAAUAUGCAUCCCACUCUAUCCUAAACUCCUAGGUGGAAACACCGACCUUAAGAAGGUAAAGGAUUUGAUGGCUUGAUAUAUUGGCAAUGAUGAAACAUAUGAUAUUGCAAGUUAAUAUUACAAGGAAAACAAAACAAUCAAUGAAAAUAUGAUGGUACGGGUGCUAAGAAAGAAAAGUUUAGUGUCAAAAAAGUUAAAACAUAAUGUGCUCCGCCCCCUCUUUAGUUUGCAGAGAAAUUAUGGGAUUGCUAAAAAUGCUUUUACACGGAAGACCUGCUUCAGAAUUAUCAAGUCACGCAACAGGUCAGCUUGACGCAAUUUAGGCUCGACCUUUAUUUUCAUGACAGAUGUCAGUCGUGUAAGAGAUAAUAGAGGUCUAUGAUGCAAAUUAAAUUACCGUAUCUUUCAUAUUUUGAGUUGGGAAAGGGGUGGAAAGGGACGGCAACAUGUUAUGUAAUUUGAAUGUGAUGUUCUUUUCUUUCUCCUUUCUGAAAGUGGUCUCCCUUCUCUCUUUCAAACAAAAUUUACAAAACUUGUCCAGA